AUGGAGAACGCGAACCAGGCAUGUGCUGCAAGUGCAGAUGACAACUUUAAGUACAACCCACCAGUAAUUCUUAUCACAUUCAUCCUAGGAUUGGCUGGAAAUGUAACUGCCUUGUGGAUCUUCUGCUUUCACGUGAAAUCCCGGAGACCAAACGUUGUGUACUCGCUAAACCUGAUGAUCGCUGACACUCUGUUGAUGUGCUGCCUACCUUUUCGAGCCCAUUAUUUUAUCAACGGGAAGGACUGGAUCUUCGGUGAUGUGCCCUGUCGCCUAAACGUCUUCAUGAUCUCCCUAAACCGGGUUGGCAGCGUCAUCUUCCUGAUGGCCAUAGCCGUCGAUCGCUACUUUAAGGUGGUCCGCCCGUUUCACAAAGCCAACAAGAUAUCUCCAAGGUGUGCGGCGAUGUUAGCAGGAGCCCUGUGGGUCGUGGCAGUGGGGAUUUGUUUACACUUGUUGGUAGAGCGACACGACUUCCAUCAAAUUAACAUCGCCAGGACCUACUGUGAACCAUUCAACAUAACCAACCCUCACGGGGCCACCGCAAUUUGGACGGACACUGUGUUUAUAUGCUUUACGUUAAUUUUACCGGUCUCCGUUUUAGUUUUCUCCAGCUCCUGCAUCAUCUGGAAGUUAAGGCAGAUGGAGACUGAGAUGAGGCGUAAAUAUAAGCGCACCGUGCAGCUUGUGAUAGCUGUGGUCGUGGUCUUUGUUAUUUGUUUCUUGCCCACCAACAUUGCCGUGGUCGCCGUUUUAGUUACAAAGCAAAAACCCACAGACUGCAAGAAAUACAUCACCGCUGUUAAUAUCUUCUACAACACGUUGUUCGUGACAUACCUGAACAGUGUGAUCGACCCAGUGAUUUACUAUUUUUCAAAUUCAGCAUUCAAGGAUGCGUUGAAGAAAGCUCUCGUUCAUUUAAAUUUAAGGUCUUGCAAAUCAGCUACGAGUCAGAAUAAUGAACAAGGGGAAUCCCAAGGACAGACAUUGGAUCAACAAACGGCCUCUGUAACCCCCUUCUGAUCACUUGCAGACAGCCCGGACUGAGUCAGAAGUCUAUCAUUGGGUAAUUAAAGCCCAGCGUGUAAAACCAUGACAUUGUACAAGUUUUUAAAUGUUGUCAAUGCUGAAGUCUAGCUUAAUGAGCAACUUCUGAAAUAUUUUUCUUUUUUUUUUAAAUCUUUUUAUUAGAAGCAAACAUGUUAUGGUAAAAUAUAGUUACAUAUUAUAGUAAAAACUUUUCAUGUACAUCAAUCAUACAUUAUUAAAAUUUUCAAUUGUGGAUUGAUUCUGCUUCUAGUUUUUUUUAAUAUAGAUAGAAAGAGAGAGAAAAAAGAAUUACAAAUGUCAAAAAAGAAAAAAAAAGUGGAAUGAAUUACUAAUAAUACGUCAUUGGAGAUA